GCGCAUCUUGGUCGACCGGGUGAUAAGGCACGUCCAAUAUUUCAUCCAGAUGAGGAAAUUUAUGGAAUAGAUAAUGACGGCUCUGCUCGCCGUAUACACGCGCGCAUCAUCUAAAGCAUUGGGCUUUUUUUAUGUUUUCCAAGGGACUUUCUAUCUGCGCGUUCGAGGACACACGUGCUGCUCCCGCAUUCAACGGGACUUGAAUUUAAACCGAUAUCUGUCCAGUUCAAUAGACCUUCUUCAGCAUUCUCCGCAUUCAGCAGCUGCUGCUAGAGGGAGCCUAUAGAGGAAAUUCCAAAUCAUAGAUCUAACGUUAGUUCUAAUUGGACAGCCGUUCGAUGCUGGAGGAAAAGGAGAAAGCUCGCUCGGGUUCAAUGUAAUCAGCAGAGGUACUAUUUUGAUAGCAGUGGCAGAAGUCGGGAGAUUGUUCAACUGUCAAGUAUGUAACAUUCGCUUUAAAUCAUCAGCCAUCCGGCCGACCUACAUAAGCCGAGAGAUUACAGACGUGACAGCUCAGGUCUUUUCCCUUUCAAAAGAAUUGGCAGGCAAUCAAAUAAAGUUUGGUACGUAACGGUGACAUGUGAAAUACUCGCAGUGGAAUGGCUGUUUCAUAUCACUCCAAUCCGCAGCAGCAACAAAAGAAGAAAAGAGAAAGAAAGUCGGCCAUGAGGGAAUUCAAUCGAUUGCGUGCCUAUGCGCCACAUUUUCUCGACUAGACAUUAUUGGCCGCGUUCAAUUGUGAAUGGGAAAUAUUUUUUCAAUGGAUUUCUUAUUGGCACCCAUAAUUUCCAACCAUUUGCAGACAUUCGAAAAGGAUUUAUCAAUGAAACGCCAUCGAUCAAAACCCGACGCUGAAAGGUGAAUUUAACGUCUGGAAUUUUGACGGAAGUGACGCCGAGUGGGAAUAAGAAAAUCGAUUGGCUCAUCAUCGAUUGCAAGGUGGGAGGACCGUGAGUUUACUCAAACGUUAUACAAGUCGGUGAUACUUAUCUCAGCAUGACACACCAUUUCUUAUCUGUAAUCUACCCGCCCUAAUCUUACAUUGCGAGAGGCCAAAUGAUAAAAACGGUUUAAAAUUGAACCCCCAAAAAAUGCCAUUCCGUUAGGAGUUGAGAAAAUGUGAAAGCAGCGAAAGUAGCUGCUCUUGACUAAAACUUUGUGAAUGUCGUGAACUAAUUGUGAAUUUUGAUUUCAAAAGCAUAUGGCUCUCAAAUUAUCGAGAUCGGCCUUUAAACGCCUGUGCCUGUUGCCGCUGGUGCUGGCAUUCUUGAUUGUUUUCCUGUACAAGUCGAUCUCCAACAUUUACCAAGGUGUCGAGUACACGGGUAAUAUCACGACUGUCCAAACGGCCUUUGAUUUGUUCAAGCGAGAGCCACUGGAAGUUUGCCACAACAUCGAUCUUCUCAACGUUGGCGACCCGCAAGGAAUUGAACUCAAUUCAUAUCCUCAGCUCAUUUGCACCGAUCCAGGAUUCCAAAUCGAGGAAAACAACUGUUUGUUCUACGUCAUCAAAACGCUAAAGAGCGACUGGUCGUUGGAGGAAACUGCCGAGAAAAUGGGAUGUCAAGUUUACUCUUUGUUAUUAGCUCGUCCCGAUUCGCCGGAAGAAGAGUUCACUCCAGCACGAAACCAAAGUCGUCACAUCCACAUCUUCCGUCUCGGCGAAAACGAAAAUGUGGGGAAAUUCGUCCAGCACCAGCACAAGAAUAUGAGCCAGCACAAUGCGACAGCCAUUGAUUACAUGAUGAUACGGUUGGGCAGUGGGCAGAGCGAGUGGCAAAUUCUGGCGGAUCUGACGGAGCGGAAUCAGCUGGAUCGCAUUAAACAUCUGUCCGUGGGCGUCAACCUGUGCCCUGAUCGAUCGAGUUUCACAGAGUCGCACUUCCAGUACGUGAUGGACGUCGACCGGCAACUCAGCGACAGGUGGGACCUGAAAUUAUUCGACUUAUCCAACGACGAGGACACUUUUGUGUACAAUCCCGUCGUCAAGGCGAAAACCUACUGCGCCUCCCAGUUCGCCUGGAUCAAUCAACGAUUCCGCCGCAUCAAUGACCCUCAGUACCAGCUGCCGGGCAACGAUUCCCAGCACACAGAGCCAGUCACUAGUCCAGAUUUACUUUCAUCGACCAAUCAAUAACCGCAACCUGUUCUCUCUUCGUUCUGCUAUUUUAUUUUUAAACGGAAUUAGUAUAACAACGUCAAUACGUAUCUCAUCGCAGAGUUUUAAAGCUGCACUAUUUUAAUCAAGAAAUUGAAAACCUUAAAUAGUAAUACCUCCCCUUUUUUUGGUCGGACUCAAAAGGAGCUGGCUCCCAAAUUACGUCGAUUAAACAAGUUAUGAAAUUUCUCAAUAGCAUUUUCUAUUCGUCUGAUUACUUCUUUUUUGUCCUGACGUUUCAGAAUAUUUUCUUUUUAUGUGGCGGCUCAAACGCAUCGUCAAAGCGCCACAACGGUAAACUAUAGACUGAGAAUCAUAAUCUACCAAGAAGGGCUCUAUUUUGCAUUUGCAUCUAUUCACUUAAUACAUUUGAGAAUCACUGCGUACUAUACAAAAGUAGAUGGGGGCAGGGCAUACGCUAGGCUGUAUAAAAGAACGCGUAUUAAAGAAGGGCUUGGCAAUUUUGGAAUUUAGAAUUAUUCAAAGCAUUUCGACACAGAGCAAAACAGCUAGUCCUUAUAAGGAUUCUACCGAGAUUAUAACUGUAACCCUUAUACUAUUCCGGCAACAAGAAAUAAACUCUUGACAAGACGCAUUUUGACCAUCUACGAAUUUACGCUGAACACGAAUUCUCGCUGGCUGUAAUACGCGCGAGUAAAAUCCAAUUUGAAUUUCAAUUGAAUUUUUAGCGCGUAAUUCCGGCACGGUCUAUUCCGAAUAGAGAAAGCUACCGGGAAACUGAAGCCUAUUAAAUAACAACGCUUGCGUCAUUCCAACCCUUGGUAACCUUGACGAUACACAACAACCAGAGUCUCUGGCUGUUGGCUCGAGCCAUUGUCAACGUCUUCAAGAAUCCAAUUUCAUCUUGCGUCAUGUCAACAAGUUUGCGGACAACAAAAGUCGGUCUCAUUCUUGCCGGAGUUCACGCGAUCCAGCGGAAAUGUCAUAUCAGUGUAUACAACAGGGUCGACGGAAUACAGAGGCAAAGAAAUCGAGAGCGAAAGCGAAACAUCAACGACGAGUGUCAGUCAAUCGAUAACCUUGGCGAUCACGUUACGAGAAUGGUAACAAACGAUGAGCCCGUUCAUAAAAAAACAGCGUUUCCAUUUCUGUGGGUAUAAAUAGUCGCAAGUCGACAUCGUUAUCGACACAUUGCUAUCGUCUUCCAGCAUUGCAGCACUUUCAACCGAUUAGGCAAAUAGUGCAAAUACGUCAUGAAAUAUUCGGUCGUUUUGUUUCACGGUUUGGUGUUGAUGGCGUUUUUGGCAUCUGCCAAUGGCCAUCGGAAAAAGAAUGUCGAUAUCGGUAAAUGCCGGGUACCGGAUGAAAAUAAAAAGGACAGCUGGAAUUGGGUGGAUUGCAUCUACAAUGGCGGCAACCCGAUCAUAGUUAGUACUACUAAACGGCCUACCACCACUCAAAAACCGUUGAAAGUGGACGGAUACUUUAAGAACAGAGGACCGGGAAAAUGUCUGAUCAAAAGUGAUACGCAAAAGACGAGAAAAGGCAAUCAGCCGGCUUGGGUUUGGGUUGAUUGUGACUACACUGGCGGUAUCCCAAAACGGAUCACUACUAAACCCCCUGUUCAAACAACGAUGAAACCUGCUGUCCAGCCAGUGCCUGUUGCUUCACCUCGGCCUCAGAUGCCACCACAAACCCCUGUAAAACCUCCCCUACCACCUCCGGUUCCCAUUCAGCGUCCUGUUAUGCCUCCGUACCCUUCGCCAAUUCCCGUCCGGCCUCCGCAAUCCCCUCCGGUUCCUGUUCGGCCUCCUGUUUUGGCCCCUUAUCCAUCGCCAACUCCACCCAGGCCACCACAACCACCUCCUGUAAGACCUCCCGCUUCCGUUCCUGUCUAUCCGCAACCACUUCCAGCUCCUCCUUCAGUUCCUGUCUAUCCACGACCGUUUCCAGCACCUCAAUCAAUUCCUGUCCGGCCUCCAGUUCCACCUCCCGCUCCUGUCCGGCCUCCAGUUCCACCUCCCGCUCCUGUCCGGCCUCCAGUUCCAGCACCUGCUCCUGUCCGGCCUCCAGUUCCACCUCCCGCUCCUGUCCGGCCUCCAGUUCCACCUCCCGCUCCUGUGAGGCCUCCAGUUCCAGCCCCUGCUCCUGUCCGGCCUCCAGUUCCAGCCCCUGCUCCUGUCCGGCCUCCAGUUCCAGCCCCUGCUCCUACCCGGCCUCCAGUUCCAGCCCCUGCUCCUGCCCGGCCUCAAGUUCCACCUCCUGCUCCUGUCCGGCCUUCAGUUCCAGCCCCUGCUCCUGUCAGGCCUCCACUUCCAGCUCCUACUCCUGUCCGGCCUCCAGUUCCAGCCCCUGCUCCUGUCAGGCCUCCACCACCACCACCACCGACAACUGUCAAACCACCCAUGCCCAUUACUACUCGACCCACAACAACAACUUCUGCUCCUACCAAGUACUGGAAACAAACUUGGACCACUACGGCUCCCGAUUUGAUCUGCAACAAGCGGUGGUGUUGGGACGGUAAAAGAUGGUUCGACAAAGGAAUUGGUUCAACUGAGAAGACCGUCAACAUUUUCAAAAAACCUACACUACCGUGAAAUGCGCUCACGAUCUGAUCACUAAUACGCUCAAUGCCUCGGUAACAAUUGAAUCGGCGCAAUAAUCAAUCAAAAUCAAAACAAUUAGCGUACAUGACAAAAAUCCCUUUCCAAUGUGGACGAAAUUUGCCUCUGUAUUUAUUUCACGCAACCAAAAAUGUGUCAUUUGUCUUUUUGUCUUUUAACGUAUUUUGAAUCAUAUUUAAAAAUAUAAAUAUCAAUC